AUGGCCGACUUGACCAUGACGGCCCUGGCCAUGUCGCUGGGCGAGCUUAGCGCCAGACUCAUCCAGAGCUUUCUGGAGCUGCUAGAUUCGUCCCUGGUCACGGCGAUCACAGAGAAGGUGCUGCUGUUCUGCGUCUGGGACUUUGUGGAUGCAGCAGUCCGGCUGGUUGAGACCAGCUACAAGGUGGCCGCAGAGCUGCUGCAGAGCCGUUCAGCGGAUGGCUGUUCCAAAGAGAGCAGUCAGGGGCGGACGGAGCUGGCGGAGCGGAGCGCCCGAAGCUCCGACGGAGCUGAGUCGCCAACGCUGGCAGCUCCCGCUGCCACCAGCUUCGAGGAGAUGUCGAUUGACGAGAACCCGCUCACACAGCGCUUCGACCGUCUGGCAGAUGGGCUGUGGCUGUUCCUAGACAUCUACGACCGUGUGCGCCGAUUCGGAGAGGAGGAACCCUAUGACAGCCACGCCUGGGGCUUGCGAGACUUCCUCAAGGAGGUUCCCGAGGGCCGGCGCUUGGCGCUCCUGGAGGACACCUUCUCUCUGGCUCGAAGGACGGAGAUGUCGUGGGACACAAAGGUGACCUGGUGCACGGCGCUCGUGGCAUCGCUGACCUUUGUGCAGCAGAACGUCUCCUCGGCGCUCGAGCUCUCCUCCAGCAUGUUUCUGCGGUAUCGGAAACUGAUGCGCCUGGAGCAGACCUUCGACGUGCCGACUCACCUGGCCUUUCUGGAGCGCGUGCCGCAGUGGUUCGAUGAGAUGCCGGUCUUCAUGAAUUCCAUCGGCCACUCCCGGCCGGACCGCGCCGAGCUGCUCUUCUCGCGGAGCUCCCGGCUCUGCACCGCUGAAAACAGCAGCCGCCUCCAAACCUCCAGGGCCUCGAGUCACGCGAGCUGGAUGCCGGAGCGUCGGAAGUGGGCCGAUUCCACCGGCUACUGGGCCUGGCAUGGCCACGGGGCAGCGACGCUCUUGGAGGCCCUUGGUUCUGGUGGGCGCCUGGGGUCCUCCUUGAGCUACACCUUCUGGGCCGUGCGCUCCCUGGACUUACCGGAGCCCCGCUGCCACACGCAGACGGAGGUGCUCUACGACCCGACGGCGUGUCUCCAGGAGCAGGGCUGGGCCGGCUACGUCUACAUGGACUCGGCGAGGGCGGACAAGACCGUGGCCAGGUACGAGCCGCGGAGGUGGAAGGGGCAGCGCGUGCACCCGACCCCUUUCGAGAUCCAGUCCCUGCGAGACGGCGUGGUGGCGCCGCCAGAACCCAUGGACGUGCUGGUAGUUUCUCCGCUGGUCGGCAACUGUCGGGAUGUGGUCGAAAUGCUGCGCGCGGAGAGCAUGACAAUCAGCAAACUCGUUUAUGUGGCCAUCAACCCCAUGCUGCCGCCACCGGCGUUGGCGGAGCCCAAUUUCACGGCCGCCUUUGCUAGCUACUGGCGGAAGUCGCCAGAGCAGCUGGCGCGGGGCGCCGUGGCCGCUCAGUGCUCCCUGGCCAGCACCACAGAGGUGCUGCGGCCGCUGUCCUACUCCCUGCUCCAGGUCGAGCACCUCUACGCAGUGUACGUGCACAGUGCCUUCGCAGAGAUGGCACCUGACGAGAUGAAGGAGUUCGAGGAGUGGCGGCUGGGCUGGUUUUGCUCGCCGCUUUCUCGGUACCUCAUGGGCUUGGAGGCCAGCGAGGCCUCGGGUGCCCAAGGCUGCGCCGAGGCCGAGGCCGCGAAGGAGGCUCUGCCCACGCUCCGGCGUUUCUGGGCGAGGGCAGAGAAGGCCGGCGGCAGCCACGGCACCGAUUGCCCAGUUCCCUACCGCGGUCCCUGGUGCCAGGACGCGGAUCCAAGCACGCAGGACGAAGCGCGACCAUAUCGUGCCGCCGUGCACUACGUGGUGAACGAGGACGCCGAGCACUUGAAGGAGUUGCUUUUCAGUAUCCAAAGCCUCUGGAUGCAUUUCAACGAGCGCUUCGACUACCCAGUCCUCAUUUUCCAUGAUGGUUUGAGCCCCAAGACCCGCGAGAGCAUCGUGGCGAAGACGCCCGGACAGCGUAUCUGGUUCUUCUCGGUGGGGAACUGGGUCCCCAGCGAGGCGCAGCACGCGCUCCACAGCAACUUCGGAGCAGGAUACAUGGCUCAGUCCAGAUUCCGUUCAGGCCCAGUGUUUCACCACGAAGCCCUCGACGGCUUCGAUUACCUUUGGUCCCUGGACAGCGACAGCCACUUCCCUGCCCCUGUGGACGUCGACCCCUUCUUGCAGCUGCACUCGAAUCCGGAGCUGGUGAUGGGCUGGUCCUAUAUCACCACGACCUCGCCUGCUUCGGUUCGGCGCCUCUGGGAGUACACCAUGCUCUAUGCCAUGAAGGAGAAGGUGGACAUUUGGUCGAGCACGCUGUCCAAGAAUUGGAAGAGCGGCCGAACGCACUUCAUGUCGACGUUCCUGAGCUCCAGCAGCGUUGAAGGUCUGGACAGGAUGCCUCUCUGGAACAAUCGUGUCCUCAUGACGGACUGCGAGGUGCUCCGGCUGUCCUUCUUUCGAUCUUCAAGGUAUCAGGACUACUUCCGGUACCUCGACUCCCUCGAGGGCUUCUGGAGCCACCGUUGGGGUGACCACGCCGUGCGGACGUUGGGCGUGGGUCUGGCACUGUGGGAGGAGGACAGACCGACGUGGCAGCAGGCGGUAGGCCGCGGCAGUGAUGGCUGGCCCCGCGCUUUCCAGAUGGACCUGCCGUAUGCGCACCAAGACUUCUGCCAGUGCGACGGAGAGUGCAGGCCUCUCCACGACCCGAAGCGGGGCGUCGUCUUCGACGCGCUGCAGGGGCUCCGGAAGAAGUUCUGGACGUGCCUUCCAGCACCUCUGGACAAAGACGCAGAGCCUCGCGUGCGAAAAGAACUCCUUGCUUCAAUGAAAACAGCCGCCGAAGUGGAACACGGCUCCGUUGCCACCCGACUGCCUGGAACAGAGACUAGUCAUGUCGGCAAGAUCUUGUCAUCGCCGGGGCUCUAG